CCAACACCCCCCCCCCCUCUCUCUCUUCUCUCUCACACACACACACACACCCCGCAGGACCUGUAAGAAAAUCCGUUAAAGUGGAAAGAUGUUUUUCCAUAUAGUACUGGAGCGGAACAUGCAGCUCCACCCACGCCACUUCGGGCGCGACCUCCGCGAUAAGCUUGUGGCCAAGCUCAUGAAAGACGUUGAGGGAACUUGCAGUGGUCGACACGGCUUUGUUGUGGCAAUCACUGGCAUCGAGAGCGUCGGCAAAGGCCUGAUUCGCGACGGCACGGGCUUCGUCACCUUUCCGGUCAAGUAUCAGUGCGUUGUGUUCCGACCUUUCAAAGGGGAGAUCUCAGAAGCUGUUGUUACCAUGGUCAAUAAGAUGGGUUUCUUUGCUGAAGCUGGUCCGGUUCAGAUUUUUGUGUCGAAUCAUUUGAUACCGGAUGACAUGGAGUUCCAAUCUGGAGAUAUUCCCAAUUACACAACCUCAGAUGGAUCAGUUAAGAUUCAGAAGGACAGUGAAGUUCGGCUAAAGAUUAUUGGAACUCGAGUGGAUGCUACAGAAAUUUUCUGCAUUGGUACCAUAAAGGAUGAUUUCUUGGGUGUGAUCAGUGAUCCCGGGGCAACUUCCUAAUAGAAUUGGUGGUGGUGUUCUUCAUUCCAUGGAUGUCUUUGCCUAAGCUUCUAUACACUCUCCCAACUUCAUAGUAGAAUUGUUGAUGGUACUGUUUUUGGUCGACAUUACUUAUAAGGCUGUUUUACCCUUAAGAAUCUCACUGGCCCAUCUUUGGAUGUUGGAAUUCUGGUUCAAUUUCAAGUGCAACCAUUAGACAUAGACAAGGCCAUGGAACUAAUGCAAUUCAUACCUUUACUUUUCUGCAACUACAAUCGGGCAUGCAGCUCCC